AUGGCAUCAUCCAAUUCCACUCAGCAAGAGGCGAACAAACCUGCCAAGAGAAAACCUGUGUUCACUAAAGUGGAUCAGCUCAAACCUGGAACCAAUGGUCACACGUUGGUGGCUAAGGUCUUGUCCUCCGACACCGUCGUACACAAGCCGCGGCCCUCCUCUGCCCACAACGUCAAACCCACUGUCAUCGCUGAGUGCCUCAUCGGCGACGACACCGGCACCAUCAUCUUCACCGCUCGCAAUGAACAAGUUGAUUUGAUGAAGGCUGGAUCUACAGUAAUUCUUCGUAAUGCAAAGAUUGACAUGUUCAAGGGAUCAAUGAGGCUGGCUGUUGAUAAAUGGGGACGUGUCGAGGUAACUGAGUCUGCAGAUUUUGUAGUUAAAGAGGAUAACAACCUAUCUCUGGUUGAAUAUGAAUUGGUGAACGUGGUUGAAGAAUAA